AUGGAGCCAGAAGCCUUAGAAAUUUGCCCUUACAACCCUCAACACCGAAUCCCACUCAGAAGAUUUCAGUACCACCUGGCAUCAUGCAGGAGAAAGAACCCCCAAAAGGCCAAAAAGAUGGCCAGCUGCAAAUACAACGCCUGCCACGUGCUCCCCAUCGAAAAGCUGGAGGAGCCUGAGGCUGCCUGUGUCAACAGAAGCACAGUGGAGGAAGAGGACAGCUUGAGCCCUCUGAAGGUCAGCCUUCCGAGUUCAGAGCAGAACGGAGACACCCCUCCAGUGUCCCCCUGGCUCCCCAACCCCGAUGUCUGGAAUGUAGAUAGCACGAAUUGCCACCCCAUGUUUGUCCUUAAGACUUUUGAUCCCCAAAAGCUUGCUUGUGAAAGCGACACAAGAGAGUCAGAGAGAGAGGACCACACCCCAUCCCUGACCCCCCCCCCCCCAGGUCAUCAGACCAGGAGAGUAAACCGCCAGCCGCAGAAAGGAGAUGCAGGCCUCUUAAAUGCAUGA